AUGUCGUUACGACGCUCCAGUGCCGACCUCACUGCGAGAACAGGGGCAAGUGGAGCCGGCGUAGCUAAUGGCGGAGGCAACAGUGCGCCUGCUGCAAUUGUUGCAAAUGCUGGAUAUGGGAGCGGAGACGCCGGAAAUGCUGGAAAUGAGCAGAACAACAAUCAUGCAGGAAAUAAUUCGAGACGCCCAAGUAGUAUCGCCGAGUCUAUCGUUUCACAGGUAGUGCAUUUAAAGGAUUUGACGGUUUCACAACUCAAGAGACGUAGAUUCUUUGCGGUAUCGAUAUUCAGCAUCAUUUGCAUUUUCAUCUUCGACCUAAUAUUCUUGCCACGAACUUCGCUCGAUAGAGAUUUGAGGAGGCUCUAUGGCGGGUUUUUAACCUUCGAUGAUGUGUCGAGAAUAUAUAUAAGUCAACUUAACCAUAUCAACGAUGUUGAGAAGUACAUCAACAUCUACAACGACCAGACACACGAGCCAGGCGGAAACUAUCAUAUAAUGGAAAAUCUGAUGAAAAACUAUGAGUAUUUAGACACCGAUGUCGAAAAGUAUGACGUGUACAUGGGGACGCCUAUUGGCAACUCGUUAAAGUUAUUGGAUGAAGAGGGGGGACUAUUGUUUGAGGCUAACAUCAGAGAAUCGGAUCAAAUAUCGUACUUUCCCUUUAGUAAAAAUGGAACAGUUACAAGCGAGUUCGUUUACGUUAACUAUGGGCUGGCCGAAGAUUACGAUUUGUUGAAGUCGAGCUCAAUCGAUCUAACGGACAAGAUAUUCAUCAUUCGCAUCAAUGACACGCAUCCGAGUUUGUUGGUUGAAAGGGCACAAAAACAGAAAGCCAGCGGCUUGGUGUUCUAUAAAGAUCCUUAUGACGAUGGAGAGUACACAGAGAAGAAUGGGUACAUGGAUUUCCCAGCUGGCUACGCUAGAAAUCAUCACGCAAUUGACAAAUACACAGGCAGCUUUAUAUAUUACCAGCCCGGAGAUCCGACCACGCCCGGAUGGUCCCCAUUUUUGUUUGAAGAUCACAAACGAUUGAAAGAUCCCGACACAAUACCCAAAAUUCCGAUCUUGCCUAUAAGCUUUACUGAAAUUCAGCCAAUUUUGAGAAGAUUGGCUAAAAAGGGACCUUCUUUGAAUUGGGUUGGUGACGUGUUAGAUUUUGACUACCGUCCCGGACCAAGUGACGGGCUACAAUUAUCUAUUGUCAACCACAUAGACUAUGGGAUUAAACCUAUAUACAAUAUCAUAUCGACCAUUCGGGGAAUAAUUUCUGAUGAAGAGAUCAUAAUAGGCUCAGCUAGAGAUGUGAUCAGUGGUCAAGGUGGAGUGAGCCAGGGUGGUAUUGGAAUGCUAGAAAUUGCAAGAGGCUUCAAUGAGCUAGCACGACGGAACUGGAAGCCUUUAAGAACCAUCAAGUUGAUAUCGUGGGAUGGCUCAAGUUUGGGCCAGUUUGGAUCCACAGAAUUUGGAGAAUAUCAUUCUCAAAAAUUGAUCAAUAAUUGCAUUGCCUAUAUCAACUUUGACAGCGUCCGUGGUAAUGAUCUUUCUAUUGAGUCGAACCCGUUGUUCAAUAAAGUGCUAAAGAAAGUAAUGGAAUUGAUUUUGUUGAAUUCCAAUGAAACACUAGGUGAGGCAUUUUUUGCCAAGAACAGUACUCUCCAAUUGAUUAGCAACGGUGUGGGAGACUAUUCUGUUUUCCAGAACCAUUUGGGUAUCCCUUCGAUCAACAUUGGAAUGAUCCCAAAUAAAGAGGAUGAUCCGGUAACAUACUUUAACUCAAAAUUCGAUGGUGAACAGCUAUUGAAAAGUUUCGAUCCAGAUUUGAAAUUACAUAAUCUGUUGGCACAGUUCAUUGGGAUGCUUACGAUCGAAUUAAGUGAACAUGAGAUAUUGAACGUUGCUGUGACUGAUUACAUCGAGAUAAUCAAAAGGGAGGUCGAGUUGACGGUGGACAGGUUGCCAGCCGAGUGGUUGGACAGAAACAUGACGUAUCCGUUCGAGUAUACCAAGCUUGGCGACGAGAUCGACAUCUUGCGGAUGCAAUCGCAAGACGUGUGUGAGCUUGCCAAGGAGUUUGACAUUGAGCUGAAGGAUUUGCAGCAUCUCAUUACUCAGGAUUUCCCCUGGUUCAAGCUUUACAAGAAGAUCAAAACAGCAAUCAAGGUCAAACUGUACAACACUCGGGUGUACUUCGACAUCACCAUUGGCGGUGCCAAGCAACCAAGAAUGGUGUUUGACUUGUUUGACAAGCAGGUUCCAAAGACCGCUGAGAACUUCAGAGCCUUGUGCACGGGCGAAAAGGGCUUUGGCUACAAAGACUCCAUCUUCCACAGAGUCAUUCCAGGGUUCAUGGUCCAGGGUGGGGACAUCACCCACUUCAACGGCUACGGCGGUAAGUCCAUCUACGGCAACAAGUUUGAAGACGAGAACUUCGACAUCAAGCACACCAAGCCUGGUCAGCUCUCCAUGGCAAACGCUGGUCCAAACACCAACGGUUCCCAGUUCUUCAUCACCACUGUUCCAUGCCCAUGGUUGGACGGCCACCACGUUGUCUUUGGUGAGUUGAUUGAGGGUGGCGAGACCUUGAAGACCGUCGAAAACAACGGCUCUCCUUCCGGCAAGCCAAAGGCGGAGAUGAAGGUGGUCGACUCUGGCGAGUUGAAGGAUUAA